AGAGGGUCUGAUUGGUUCCUCGCUCCACCUCACAGAAGUAUGUACCAAUAAGCUGAGCCGAGGGGCAGGCUCGGCGAGGGGCGGAGGCUGAGACGCUGGUGCCGCCCGAAGAAGGCUGCGGCGGGUCACGACUUGGGGCGGCCAGCGAUGAAGCCGAGAGUACUUUCUGGGGUGCUCUUAGCACAGGAGAGCCCUGGGUUGUCCAUCACCACCUGUGACUGCAUCUCAUCUCUCCCUUGGUUCCAGCUAGGGAGUAGAAGAAAGCCUAGCGUGAUACAAACAAGUGAGUUUGACUCAUCAGAUGAAGAGCCUAUUGAAGAUGAACAAACUCCAAUUCAGAUAUCAUGGCUACCCCUGUCACGAGUGAAUUGUUCUCAGUUUCUUGGUUUAUGUGCUCUUCCAGGUUGUAAAUUUAAAGAUGUUAGAAGAAAUAUCCAAAAAGAUACAGACUUGACUGUGAUGCUGGAAAUUCAGACUGAGCUGGGAACCCAGAGAGGGGAACUGUCAAAGUAUAGAGUUCCGAACCUUUUGGACCUCUACCAUCAGUAUGGAAUUAUCACUCAUCAUCAUCCAAUCCCAGAUGGAGGGGCUCCUGACAUAGCCAGCUGCUGUGAAAUAAUGGAGGAGCUUGAAAUCUGCCUUCAGAAUAAUCGAAAAACCUUAAUACACUGUUACGGAGGACUUGGGAGAUCUUGUCUUGUCUUCUCUGGUGUUCCAUUAGUAGCUGCUUGUCUCCUCCUGUAUCUAUCUGACACGGUAUCACCACAGCAGGCCAUCGACAGCCUGAGAGACCUGAGAGGGUCUGGAGCCAUACAGACCAUAAAGCAAUAUAAUUAUCUUCAUGAGUUCCGGGACAAAUUAGCUGCACAUCUAUCAUCAAGAGAGUCACUAUCAAGAUCUGUAUCUAGAUAAAAAAAAAAAAAAAAAAUCAAAUAGCAUAUAUAUAUGACCAUGUCUGAAAUUUGAAUUCUGAAACAUAAUUUGUAUUGAAAUCAAACUACUAGCAUUAUCAAAUCAAAUGUAAAUGUAUAUGUGCAGAUAUUCCUAAAGCUUUUAUUGACAAGUUUCAUUGUGUCUCAUCUCUUUUCUAGGAGAAAGAAAAAAAUUACCAUACAAUUUUUCUUUUUAGAAAUGCACUAGCUACUCUGGUGUAUUUUACCUGGAGGUAAUGUGAAAAAAGCAUAUGGAAAAAUACAUGACUGCCUAUUUUUCUUA